CUUAAAAAGAAAAGAUUCAUUUCCCCCCGCAUCCGCACUAGGGUCCCGCCGCGUCGGACAUGCCGUUCCGCUCGGCGCCGCAGACCCCGCCGGCGAGAUGAUAACGACGACUACCGCGACUACCAGGACGACUACCAGGAUGCUGAUGCCGACGAUGGUGGCGCCGUGGCGGGGCGGCUCGGAGCGGGACCACCCCCACUCCCAGCACCACCACCACCACCACCACCAUCCCGGCUCCUCCGCGGCGGCGGCGCUGCUGCUCCUCGCCGCCGUGCUUGCCGCCGAGCCCCGCGUCGCCCUCGCCAAGGAUACGGCCUAUGUGGAGGUGGUCUUGUUCGAGUCCAGCGCCAACGGGGAUUACACCACGUACACGACGGGCUUGCAGGGUCGCUUCUCCAAGGCUGGAGCCACCAUCAGCGCCGAGGGGGACAUCGUCCAAAUGCAUCCUUUGGGAUUAUGUAACAACAACGACGAGGAGGACCUGUACGAGUACGGCUGGGUCGGGGUAGUGAAGCUGGAGAAACCAGAGCUGGACCCCAGUUGUCUCACCGUGCUGGGAAAGGCCAAAAGAGCGGUCCAGCGGGGAGCCACCGCCGUCAUCUUCGAUGUGUCGGAAAACCCGGAUGCCAUUGACCAGCUCAACCAGGUGGGCGACGACCCCCUGAAGCGUCCGGUGGUCUACGUGAAGGGCAACGACGCCGUCAAGUUGAUGAACAUCGUCAAUAAGCAGAAAGUGGCGCGCGCAAGGAUACAACACAGACCCCCCAGGCAGCCCACCGAGUACUUCGACAUGGGCAUCUUCCUGGCCUUCUUCGUGGUCGUGUCGCUCGUCUGCCUCAUUCUGCUCGUCAAGAUCAAGCUCAAGCAGAGGAGGAGUCAGAGCUCCAUGAACAGGAUGGCGAGUCAGGCGCUGGACAAGAUGGAGACGCGCAAGUUCAAGGCCAAAGGUGGCAAAGUGGCGCGCGAAAGCAGCUGCGGGGCGUCCGACUCGCUGAGCAGCAGCUCCACGUCCGACUGCGCCAUCUGCCUGGAGAAGUACAUCGACGGAGAGGAGUUGCGGGUCAUCCCUUGUGCUCACCGCUUCCAUAAGAAAUGUGUGGAUCCCUGGUUGCUCCAGCAUCACACCUGCCCCCACUGCAGACACAACAUCAUCGAGCAAAAGAAGGGAAAUCCGGGCCACGGAUGCAUGGACCCCGGCAACCCGCUUCACGGGCGCCAGCAGAGGGUGGUCCUGCCAGUCCACUACCCCGGCAGAGUGCACCGGGCCGGCCAGGUGACGGCCUACCCCACCCGGACCAGCAUGGACCCUCAUGGCAACGCCAUAACCGUGCUCACAGUGGACCAGCACCCCGACCCUCAAGGCCUGUACCCGCCCCAAGCCGCGUCUUCCUUCCUGCGGAGCUACCACCCUGCCCUUCACCUGGACCGCUCCCUCAACCCCCACCACUGCGGACUGGAGCACCGCGGUCCCCCUGCCUACCAAGCGCAGCCGCCUCCGCACCACCCUGCUUUUAAACGCCCCAAAUUCCACGGGCGCAACUUUUCACGGGCGGCGUGUUUCUCUCAGUACGAAACCAUGUACCAGCACUACUACUUCCAGGGCUUGACUUUCCCCCAGCAGCCUUCCGAGGGGGGCCAGGGCCCCACGGGUCUAGGUCACAAGGCUCACCACGGCAGGUCCUUCCAGCAAGGACUCUUGUACCCCACCGUGGUGCACAUGGCUCCGGCCUCCUCCUCGAGGGUGGGCGACGGGGGCAGCGCUUCGGGCCUGAGCUGCUACCACGGUCACCGCUCGGUGUGCAGCGGCUACCUGGCCGAUUGCCCCGGGAGCGACAGUAGCAGCAGCAGCUCAGGCCCGUGCCACUGCUCCUCCAGCGAUUCCAUGUUAGACUGCACAGAGGUCAGCAACCAGGGGGUGUACGGGAGCUGCUCCACCUUCCGGAGCUCUUUGAGUAGCGACUAUGAUCCCUACGUCUAUCGGAGUAAGAGCCCGUGUCGGAGUUCUGCUGGGGAGGCCACGACCGCGGUGUGCCCCUCAGCCCCUGAGGAGUCGUCGUCAUCCGCGGGACCCUCGGGAUUCGACUGUCUCCAGCUUCCCUACAACUCGGGGGACCACCUGUCCAACUGCAGCUUGGAGCCCAACUAUAGCAGUCGCUCAUCACUGGAACCCAGGGAGACCGGUGCCCCCGAGGCCCCCGGAGCAGACACCAGGGCCGAGGCGGGUGAGCUCGGGGCGGGAACGGGGGCGGCGUGCACUUGCUGCUUCGAGGUGCUUCCCCAGAACGCCGAGGCCAAGGCCCAGGACUUGGAGCAGGCGUCCGGACGUUGUACCAGGGGCUCCAAGAACUACUCGUGCCCUUCCUCGGACCCCUAUGAAGGACUACCUUGCUGUUUCUACAAGGAGAUGAAGGUCCACAGGGGACACUAUGCGGAGGACUACGCUGUCAACGUGCAGUACGCUGAAUCGGAGGCCUGCCCGGCGCAGGGCUGCUACGAACUCAACCAGAGGAUACCCAUCAUCCCCGAGGACACCAAUUGUGAAAGCAGCCUUUUACCCGACUCGGUCACUGAUGGAGGCGGAGGCGCGAAACGAUGACUUCUCCACCCGAGGUUGCUCGUACCCUCAGCAGGAAGAGACCAGGGCUUUGUUUCCGCCUCAGCGCUCGGAAAACGCUUUGAGUCGAAGUACUGAGGGCUGUCUGGGUGUGUGACUUCUGGAAAAACAAAAUUGCUUUUGGUACCGCAGCAGUUGGUCGGUGGUUCGAAACCCUCAGUUGCCUUGCUUUCUGGUCAGUGCGGUCACGUAGAAACGUAGGGGUGUUUACCGAAAUGCUCAUUUUUGCUGACUGUCAUCGUACAGGAACGUGGGGCUUUCUACCGAAAUUUCUCACGUUCAUUCCUGUGGGCCACGAUUGUGUCAAAGUGGCUCUGCGCCAUGCUUCCAUCCAGGGUUUGACAUCUGCGUCUUCUACGUACACUCACUGCCUUUAGAGCUUCAACGUAGUUUGUACGGUCGUAACUAUACCAAAACGAACAAGAUGUGAUUGUGUUGUCACUAGAGCAGGGUACCAUGUCUCUCUGGAGGGUCAUACAAGAGAAAUAUAUUUUAUAUACUGUAUGUGUAUGUUUUUCUAUAUUUAUAUACUGUAUAUAUAUAUAUAUAUAUAUAUAUAUAUAUAUAUAUAUAUAUAUCAGUGUUUCCCAACCUUUAUUGAGCCAAGGCACAUAUUGUAGAAACAUCUCACAGCACACCACCCAACAAACACAAAACAAAAAGCCAUCUUGCUUGAGUUACCAAACACCACAUUGUUAAAGUUGGUAUUAUACCUUACUUUUCUUUCGCCUGCUAUUGUGCACCGACAUCAACAAUUGCUAAUUUAUUACGCUGUCAUUGAUUAGAUGGUUAUGGACACAUCAAAGUCAAAGUCUGUGCUUGCAUCGAGCGAUCGAGAAGAGAAAAGGCUUUAAUACUUAACAAGACCUAGCGACUGUGGUUAUAUCAUCUGGCCAAACACGUUUUCAAAGGUCUAAGAGUCAUGAGCGAUGCAAUAAUAUAACAAUGGCAUGACUAGACAGUUUAAUAGACGGAAAUGAAUCUGUACACAAUGACCGACAUAGCUGACCACUUCCUUCUGCACCGAAGCAUGACAUCUAUUUUUAACAAAGACACUCGCUCAAAUGUAUAUCACCUAAAUAUUUGUAAUUGUUAUUGUCUAAAAUCCAGACUUUCAAUCUUGAGAUGACAAAACACCCCACAGCUCCUGCUAAGUGAGGGAAGAGGCACUUUUACAAAACUUCAGCAGAGUUAAUACAUUUGUUUUCGACACUUUAAAUUGAUUAAUAAUGCAUUAAAAUAACAGACGUGGGGAGUGACCAUUAGUGUGAAUUUGUGGGAAGAAAUUCAAAUUGACCAUAUUUGGACAUACGAGGUCUCUGCUUGACACGGACAAUAUACUGAAAUAAUAAUGAUCUAGUCCCAGGUUAAUUGUAACUUCUGCCAUCUAGCGGCCGGCAUAGAUAGAUGAACAAAGAUAACUAUUGGUUGUUAAACGAAUAACAAUUUUCCGACCAAUGAAAUGAAAUUGGAUCAUUUCAUACGCCACAGUGGUUGGGAAUCACUGAUUUAUACUGUAUGUGUAUAUAACAAGAAAAUGUGUAUAAACAAGAAAUGUGAAUGCACAAUAUCCCCUGAGCACCGAGAGGUUUGCCUGAGUUAAGCGCGUUUCCAUCCUAAAAAUAUUAUGACCCAUCUUCAAGCACAGUGCUACUGAUCCGUAUGCGUGGUCACCAUAGAGCAGUGGUUGUCAAACAUUUGGGGUCAUUGGACAACAUUUCUAGGACCAGUUGGUUUUUUAACUUAAGGACCACCGGAAAUGGGCAAGAUGUGGUAGACUUCCCUUGUCUUUUCGGGUAUGGCUUCUUGAGACUUUUUCGUGGGUCUCCUCCUGAUAGAAAUGCCUACCAAAUUUUAUGUUGCUGAGCUUCGGAGGCUGAGUUUUUAAACAGUGCAGAGUCAACUUUUGAGGGAUCGUCCCUAAAUGCUUCUUACCUGGAUUAAAAAAAAAUAACAAAUACACACACACACACAUAUAUAUAUAUAUAUAUAUAUAUAUAUAUAUAUAUAAAAUAAACAUAUUUCCUCAUGACUUUAGGAGACUUUAAGUUAACCCCCACCCACCCAUGCCUUAAAGAGCCCCAGUCAGAGUUCUUCCAGGAGACAUGCUAACUCAGAUAAAAAGCCGUUUCAGCAUUUAUUCAGUAUUCCUCUAUCCAGCUUAAGGUCCGUGUGCUGGUACAGUCUUGGUCCUCACUAGUAUGACAAUUCAAAGCCGUUUCAGCAUUUAUUUCAUAUCCAUGAUGAGGAGUGUGUACUGACGGGUGACACAUGCUUACUAUUUGGGCCGAGUACUGUUACUAGUGCAGGACAGUAUUUUAUUAGUAAGGUUUAAUUGCGUCGUCGUAGGGUCAAAGUGGCACCGCUCAAAGUAGCGAAACAAAUGUUACUAGAAAAAGUACUAGUUCACCCUAGUUAUUCUACUACUGCCCUGACUUAUUUACUUACCUAUUUUUGUCUUAAGAUAAUACAUUUUUGAGAGAAGAAAAAUUCCCACCCAAAAAAAUAAAAUUCUCAAAAAAUACUUUUGAAAAAUCUGAAGAAUUUUUUUUUUCUCAAACUAUGGCGUUUGUCUCCUAAAAAGAUUAUUUUUCCAAGAACUUGUUGAGGGAAAAACUCAUAUUCUUGUAAAAAAAAAAAAAAAAAAAAACUUUUUAUUAUUGGGAAUAAGAUUGUUUGUAUUAUUAUUAUUAUUCGAUUAUCUGUUGGAGGUGGGAGUUGAAGCUUUUUCUGACAGGAGACUGCCAGACGUUCCCAGCAGACCCUCGACAAUACGUUUGGGCCUGCCAGGUCCCCAACCAUCGGAGCCAACUCAUCACCAGGUGGUAACCAGUUGACAGCUCCCCCCUUCACUCCACCGGAGUGUCCAAGACAUGCGGCCGCAAGUCCGAUGACACGACCACAAAGUCGAUCGUCGGACUGGGGCCUACGGUGUCCUGGUGCCAAGUGCACGUGUGGACACACUUAUGCUUGAACAUGGUGUUCGAUAUGGACAAUCCGUGAUGAGCACAGAAGUCCAAUAACAGAACUCCGCUCGGGUUCUGACCGGGGGGGGGGGGGGGCGUUCCUCCCAAUCACGCCCUUCCAGGUCUCACCGUCAUUGCCCACGUGAGCAUUGAAGUCCCCCAGCAGAACGAUGGAGUCCCCAGUGGUAGCGCUCACCGGCACUCCCUCCAAGGACUCCAAAAAGGGUGCGUACUCUCAACUGCUGUUUGGUGCAUAGGCACAAACAACAGUCAGGACCCAUCCCCCCACCCGAAGGCGCAGGGAGGGUAACCUCUCGUCCACCAGGGUGAACACCAAUAUAGAGGCAAUAAGUAUACCCACACCUGCUCGGCGCCUCUCACCGUGAGCUCCUUGGUCACGUUCUGGUGGACACCAGCGGUAAGGGAUGGCGUCAAGCUGGUGAAGGAAUCCUAUCGGGCAUUUUUGGCCUAUGGGACUCCUGAGGCAGCUGAUGGGUACCGGCUGGCCAAGCGGAAUGCAGCUUUGGUGUUCGCUGAGGCAAAAACUUGGGUGUGGGAGGAGUUCAGUGAGGGCAUGGAGAACAACUUCCGGAAGGCUUCGAGGAAAUUCUGGUCCACCAUCAGGCGUCUCAGGAGGGGGAAGUAGUGCCCCGUCAACACUGUGUAUAGUGGGGAUGGGGCGCCGGUGACCUCGACUCGGGACGUUGUGAGCCGGUGGGGAGAAUACUUCGAAGACCUCCUCAGUUCCACCGACACGCCUUCCCAUGAGGAAGCAGAGCCUGGGAUCUCUGAUCAGGGCUUUCCUAUCUCUGGGGUUGAGGUCACCGAGGUGGUUAAAAAGCUCCUCGGUGGCAAGGCCCCGGGGGUGGAUGAGAUUCACCUGGAGUUCCCAAAGGCUCUGGAUGUUGUGAGGCUGUCCUGGUUGACACGCUUCUGCAACAUCGCAUGUACAUCGGGGGCAGUGCCUUCUGGGCACGUCCCACCGGGAGGAGACCCUGACGUGCUGGAGAGACUCUCCUGAAUGAAGUGGCUGGGGAGAGGGAAGUCUGGGCUUCCCUGCUAAAGCUACUGCGGCCGCGAUCCGACCUCGGAUAAGUGGAAGAAAAUGGAUGGAUUGUUAGAAAAACAUUUGUUUUGCUCUGGGAAAAAAAAAUUCUUAAAGAAUAAUUUUUUUCUCCUGAAAAACAUUUUUAUUUAUUGAAAAAUAAAUGUGAUAAACAAAAAAACUACGUCAUUUGUUUCCAAAAAAUAAGUCUAUUUUUCAAAAAGAAAUAUAUAUUUUGAGAAUCCAUCUCCUGAAUUGUCUUACUAGUGAGGACAAAGAGUGUACAAGUAGCUUGAUAUUAAGACUGUGGACUAAAUGCAGGAAGGGCUUUUGCCAUGAAUUGGGAUGUACCAAAAGGCCAAAGCAAGAGUCUACGUCAAAAGGCUUCCUUAUUGUACUGUGACUAUUUUGAAACAAAACAAACAAAA